UUUGUUUCAAACACGAGUGAGUUAUUCAUGUAUACAAGUAAUUUUCCAAUUAUUGAGUAUUUAUAAGGUCAUUAGAUAUUGAGCUCAUUAAAAUGAGUAAGCACAAACUUAGUAAGACAGUUCUGGAAAUGAAAUUUAUGAAGAAAACUAAAAUCGAACAAGAAAAGAAAGACGCUGAAACAGACAACAUCGAUAUAUUAACAGAUCACAAAAUUCAAGGCGGUCAUAACAGUAAUUAUGUGAUAGAAAGAAAUUGGGAAUUCAUUGAAGGAUUAAAAUGUGCACGCUUUAAUUUUGGAAUGAGUCAAAAACCUCCACCAGAAGUUCCUUUACCAGCUGUUGCAGAAGAAAAUAAAGACGAUGAACCACCUGCUAAAAGAGCAAAACGAAAAAGAUUCAAUUAAUUCACUGUGACUAAUUUUUUAAUAAUAAAAUAAGAAGAAAAAAGCCGCCGUGAGAAAAUAAAAUUAAUAAUUAAGCUUCAAUUCAAAUGAAA